AUGAGCUAUGCAUCCUUGCAGGCGUUAUGUUCCACGUCCACGCCGAUCUUGUACACACCAACAAUCUGCUCAACGUCUGGAUCAGACGUCACGGGCCUCACUUGGGAGGGGUGGACAGACGAAGCUUUAGUCUCACCCUUCCAGAAGAAGAGCAGUAACCCUUUCUUCGUUGACGACCUUGCCCCGGAUGCGUGUACAGAAGAUCUCAGCCGCGAUGCAGCCCUUUCCAAAAAUGCCAAGCGUCCUCCACCAUUCUGCCGGCACGUUGUCGAAUUACCGAACUCGAUGCCUGUCUCACCGAACACUGCACACUCGCAGUACAAGCGCUUGUCAUUCCUCACCCCUGUAGCUCCUGUGUACAAGCCUGCAUACUCUGCUUUCGUAGAACAGAGCUCUCGUGCUCCAUCAAAGCUCAAGAGGUUCAGUAUCUUGAGCUCAGCAGCUACGAAUACCAUCGAACUUCUUCAGAAGCAAUGA